AUGGAAGUUUCCACACCCUGGCACAGAUUAUUGUAGUGUGCAGUUGUGUAAUAUUUUUUGCACGAAAUCGCGAGAAUAAUAACGGUAAAAUAGCCUCAAGACCCGCCUAAAAGGAGUGAAAUCAUUACUCUGCCUUAAAUUAAUUACAAUAAGUGAAAAUGUACAUUUUCUCAAAUUUAGUGAAAGUUACCAUCCCCAACUAUUUAGCGGGACUACCAAUUCCUGACACCUUCGGUGGAUGGUUCCGUCUUGGAGUGCGUGAUUGGCUUGCCCUUCUACCACCAACUUUGGCUGUAGGAGGUAUAUCCUACUAUUCUUAUCAAACAUACAAAAAAGCGCAGUGCGCUGGCAAUGGUCAAGUGAACACAAGUAUAAGGAAGGAUAUUAAUAAAGUUGUGGAUUUCAUUGACAUUGAGGAUAUAACAGAAAAGGCGGUACUUUGCAGGUGUUGGAAAAGCAAAAACUGGCCCUAUUGCGAUGGCGCUCACGGUCCUCACAACAAAGCCACCGGUGAUAACACCGGCCCAGUAGUCGUCCGGCACAAGGAAAACAAGUAGACAGAUGAGCUCACCAGUCUACUCUACCAAUAGUACAUACCAACAGGUGAUAACAAAUGUGAUUAUUAUUAAUUCUAAAAUCGUUAAACGUUAAUUGCUUUUAAAUGUCUACAUCACCAAAGCUUGUCUUGUAUACAGUAAUGUUUUUUAAAUAAGUAAGUGAUGCAAUUUUGUAUUUUUUGGCAUUUUUGCUUUUUAUUACAUUGUUUUUAUAAUUAUGAAACUGGUUGAACCUAACAAAUAUUGAACAAUUAUGUAUUUUGGUUGAAGAAGUGUAAUAAACACUUUGUAUUGUUCCUUUA